AAUAAAUAUUAGCGUUCUUUAUAAACGCAGAUGAGAAAGAGCUGAACUAGCACACAAUCUGUAUUUUAAAUUUGGAGUUUGUCAGUUUCUUGCAAGUCUGUAUAAAAGAUAGUACAAUACUCUGUAUCAAGUGUGCAAUGUGAGAAUCACUUUUGUUUUAGGUCAAACUGUGGAUUUGCCUCACAAAUCCAUAAAUGUAUCAAGUGUUUCUUAGAAUCCCAUAUUGUAAAAUGUAUACAAAUGUCCCACUUGGGCCGAUUGGGGUCUCAAAACACAGGCAAAAUUGUAGGGUAUAACCUUCACAACUCACAAAACAAAACAAACGGUGAUGGCUCUCAAACAAGCUAUGUGGAAGUGGAGGCCUCUUGCGGCGGCGGCAUGUGCUAGGUCGAAGAUGUUUUCAUCAUCAUCUCUUAGUAUUCUGUAUGGUCCUGAGAGUGCUAAUUACCGACUCUAUGCUCCUGAUGUUUUAAAUUUUUACAUGGACAUCAGGCGUGCAAAGAAUGGACCUGAUGCUCAUAAGUAUGAGGACUGGAACGUUCCCGACGAGGUCCAAGGUUACAUAGAUGCAGGGCCGAAUUUUGAGAUCAUGCUGUAUGAUUUGAGAAAGCUCCCUAAGUUGGCUGCUGGUGACCUUCUUCACCGAUAUGAUCUUGUACAAAAGAUUGAUGAUGAGAUUGAUCUGGGAGGCAUUGACCCGAAUGCCAUUCCUUGUUAUAAGGAACGCUAUCACAGUGGGGAAGCCAAGCAAUUGAAGACCCUUCUUAAUGAUAUAAAAAGGAUCAACCGCAAGAACAACAAGUUCCCAAAGAAGAAGAAGAAGAAGAAGCCGAUCUCUGACUACCCGUCCGACAGUGACAGUGACGAUGAUGAUCCUGUCGAGGGUCCUCCUUAUGACUAUGCUGAUGAGUGUCGAGAGUUCACCCAACAGUACAACAAGGAGCAAAACAAGAACUUGGAGUUUUUGGGGGUGACUAGAGUUUACCUGGAUGAAAGUUACAAGACCCGAGUUCAUGUGUUCCGAGCUGCUGAUCCAUCCGCUGCCCGAGUGCCAAUCCUACUUGAAGCGCGUUGUUCCUAUCCUGAUAAUAGGUUGCUCCAAGUCAAGCCCUUUAAACCAGUUCCUGUCCGUGGACUGGGAAAGACUUCUGGCCUCCGUGGAUUAGGAAAGCCUUCUGGCCUCCGUGGAUUGGGAAAGCCUUCUGGCCAUUUGCUAUAUGAAUGUAAAUAAAUCUAUGUCUUGAAUGUGUAUUUCUAUAACAAACUCUCUGAGUUGAUAGUGUAGUUGUUCUCUAAUUUAUGGUGGAAGCAGUAGUUCAUAUUUUAUUUAUUUAUUUAUUUAUUUAUUUAUUUAUUUA